GUUUGAGAAACACUGCUUUUCGAUGUCAAGUAGCGUUAUAUUAUGACCAGACACGUUCUUCCCUAACUUUAACUUAUAAAAAAAACUUGGUGACUAACAGUGUUGUUGUUUUAUUGGAUACCCUGACCCUGCUUCCGUCGUCGUCUUGUAUAGUUCUGAACGAGUCCGUUAACUCAUCAGUGAUUCAAAUCUGCUCUCAUCAUGGACUUAGCUCAAGGAAGGCAGGACCAGUUGAAUGUUGUCAUCGUUGGUGCAGGAUUGGUGAGGUUUUUUUAAAUUUUUUUUUUUAUAGAAACAAAUCUCGUUAUGUUUAAAAACUGCAAAGUUGUUUAUUAAUUGGUGUUAAAAAUAGAUGCAUUUAUGAGUGCGAAUAAAACCCAUUUAAUGUUUCACUUUAUCCACAGGUGGGCUGUCUAGAGGCUAUCUACCUGGCUCGGAAUGGUCACCGUGUUACGGUUUAUGAGAAGUUCAAAGGUUAACAACAGUCGCUUACUGUUCCAUGCGUUGCGAGCCGACUGAAGGCUUAAAGUAGAGUCGCUGUCGAUUCAUAAAUAUCCCCUUAAUUAAUACGUGUAAAGUAGCCUCCAUGUUUUCAGUUUUAUAGAAGUUAAAUUAAGAGAUGAAGGAAGCUAUAAUUCAAUGGUGGAGUGUUAGAGAGGUUAAAAUAUUUAAGUUAGAAGGAACGAAAAAUAGUAUCGUCAUCAGGGUACCAGAGCCAUAUAUCGCAACGAUGCCAUUAAGUUCAUCAAUUAUUUUAUUUAAAAAACAACAACAACAAUUUUUUAAUAAUAGUCAAUUUUUCAGCACUUUAAAAGAUUUAGGUAAUGCUGGCUACGCGGAAGAUUUUUGUCGCUGAUCCACCAGGAAAAAAAAAUGCAGUUAGCCUAAAAUCCCCCUCCACCCACAUUUUUUGGCACCCAUCUGUCACUAUUUUAGUUUUCAUAUUCCAUCAUUGUUGUCACCCCAAUUCAUAUUUAAGUCUUCAUAUUUCGUCAUUGUCUGCUAAAUGUGAUCCCAUCCCUCCACAUUUUUUUUCGGGUUUCAUUACUUGGACGAUAAUAUAAUGAAUUAUUAAUUUAGAUAAAAAAACAACAUAUAUUUAAUUAAUUUAUUACAAUAAUGUCUUCAUCAAUCUUGCCUAACGCUAACUUUUUAAUUGAUCAUGUGUCUCAGACCCGCGGACAUGGGGCAAAGGAGCCGAUCGUAGUCUUACCUUGACCUUGAGCCCAAGAGGUCAAACGGCACUAAGAGAGGUUGGCUUGGAGGCUCGGGUGCUUCAGCAGGGAGUUCUCCUGAAAGUCAGGCUCAUCCACAACAUCCAGGGGAACACAACCCGGAGCCUCUACAGCGACAAAGGGGAGGUGAGUAGUAUUAAAUUUCAGUUACGUUUAAGAGUUAAGAACCAGUUAGGGGCGUGAUCAGCCUGAAGGUUUGAGACAUUUGAAAAUAUGACAGGCUGUUUACAGGAAAAGUGAAACUCUUUGACCUGUUUGGUGCUGCUGCGAUGCUGUGAUCCCAUUGAAUAUACUGACACCAAUGAUGUAGUGGUCAAUAAGGCAUGUCUGAUUUUACAUUUUUUCUCUCCUAUUACGGACACACGUUACCUCUCACAUUGCACACAUACGUCAUCUCUCACAUAACAGACAUGCGUCAUCUCUCACAUAACAGGCAUACGUCAUCUCUCACAUUACAGACAUACGUCAUCUCUCACAUUCUAAAAGCCAAACAGUGCAUAUGUUUUUAAAAGCUUAAAUAAAAGCCUCUUGAUAGUAAGCAACGAAUGUGAAGCAGUAGUUAUUAAACCUAUUGAGGUCAUCGCCCUCUUGUGACCUAAAAACUCGCACUUAGCGCCACCUGCCCAUCUAAAUACAAGAAUUCUCAGAAUAGUUAUUUUAGCAACUUCUAUGGACAUAAUAUUGCUCAAUUAAAUGUACAAGUGUACCAUAUGUUACAGAAUUUAAUAUUAUCUAAAACUUUUCAUAAUUUUAUUUUAAUUAUUUCGAUACUAUCCGAUUGUUGAUUGAAAUGAGAAGCGAUACCCCAGUUUUAAUACUAAUUAAUUUGACGCAUAACCGUCUGGUGAAUGAAAAAGGGAUGCCCCAAUCUGUAAAUAUGAUAAUAAGUCAGCAAGAGUUUCUAGGGAACUUGUGUCUUCACGGGUCAGUCAUUCUUAAUGAGAUUAAAGGCUUUGUCACAAGAGGUAUCACUGGAGUUUGCCUUUAUUGCUUUGGCGAUAAGUUAAUGUUGAUAGCAAAGUACACUGGCGUAGCCAGGCAUAAUGCCGCCGGGGGUCGGGACCAAUACCUAUCUACCACCAACCCACGAAAAGAUUAUGCAGGAGCCGAAAAAUGCUGCCCUUAAAAAAUAAUGCCACCCGGGUGGAGUGCUCCUUUCACCCGCCACCCCACCCGACCCCUUCCCCCCUACCCCCCCAAAAAAAAAAAUAAAAUAAAUAAAAAUAAGGAAUACAAUUUAGUUUUUAAUAAGGUUGGUAAUAAUUCACUACAACUACUAAUUAUAUUUUUGCCCGAGAACCACUCCAAGGACCACUCAUGUAAGUAAUUAUUCCUUUCAAGAAAAUCAUUUAGCUUUUAUCAAUUAAGAGGUUAGGACAAGAUUAGACUAAAGUACAAUCACAAUGGAGAUGGCAGGUGUGACCAUAGAGUAAGAAGAUGAUAUCAUUUUCUUAGUCAGUAUCAGCUUGGAGGCAAUGAUCAACUUCAAUAGUGUAGAUUAAUUAUGUUCUAAUACUCUCUGUCUCUGUCUGUCUGUGUAUGUGUGUGUUUGUGAGUGUUUAUGGGUAUGUGUGUGAGAGAGACUGUGUAUGUGUUGGUUAGAAUGUGCGUGUGAGUAUUUGUGUGUGAGUGAGUGUGAGCAUGUGUAAAUUGAGUGAGUGGGUAAGCACGUGAGUGAGUGUGUGUGAGCGAGUGUUGAGUAUGGGUGUAUGAGUGUGUGUGAAUGUGAGUGUGCGUGUGUUUAUGUUUGAGAGCGAGUGAGUGAAUUAGUGUCAGUGUGUGAGUGUAUAUGUGAAUUUGUAUGCAUCUGUGUGAGUGUGAGUGGGUUGUGUGAGUGAGUGUGAGUGUGUGAGAGAGAGUGUGUGUGUGUUAGUGAGUGUGUGUGUGAGUGCGAGUGUGUGUAUGUGUAUGUUUGAGUUUGUGUGCGAGUGUGAGUGAGUGUGAGUGUGAGUAACACCAUCUGUUCAUAAGAAAUCGCCAAUGACAUUAGGGAUUCCUUAGAGAAUAUUUAUGAUGUCAAUUGAUUGGUUUUUAUUUAUUUGACUUUUCUAACCAUUCGUUUUAAUGCCGUCAGUUUAUAUUAAGAAGAUAGGCUAAAAAAAACCGACUAAAACUGUCAUAUAUCUUGAAUUAUUUCGUGGUGGACACAGAAACUGUUCAAAUAAAAGAAAACCUAUAGAUUUUUAUAAUUUUUUUAUCGCAUGUAUCACGCCAAUUUCUUGCAUGACUUCAAAGCAAACAUUUUUUUUUUUAAUAACGAGAGCUCAAAAUAAAUACAAACAAAAAUCACUGUAAUGCAGUGGUUAUCAACCUGUGGGUCGCGAACCCUUCAAGGGGGGGGGUCGAAUGACCCUUAUACAGGGGUCGCCUAAGACCAUAGGAAAACACAUGUUUAUGAAGUAGCAACGAAAAUAAUUUUAUGGUUGGGGGGUCACCACAACAUGAGGAAUUUUAUUAAAGGGUCGCGGCAUUAGGAAGGUUGAGAACCACUGAUGUAGCACGAUAAAGAGGCUUGAUCAAACUAGAAGCGUCUAUGAAGGGUUUUACACUGUUGAUUUUGACUAUUCAAAAAUAGUAAUAACAAACAAUUUCAAAUUUUUCACUAAAUUAAGUUAUCAAACGCUGUGAUUAUUAAAAAAAAAAAUAAUAAUAAUUUUAGUUCGAUAAUUAGUGUUUUGGUUUUGAAUAUUUAAGAUUCGUUGUGUCUGGAGUGGUCAGUGUGGCCAUGUAGUUAAAACACGUGCGUUACAGGAAGAGAUUUCAAUUCCCAGGAAAAGCCUAACACUUAGUUUCGACUUGUUUUGUUCUCUCCAAACAAACAAAUAACAACAAACCAACAAAAACCCAUAUACCAAUCAUACUAAUAUUUGUAAGUGUUUUUUUUUUUUGUUGGUUUUGUUGUCUUUCCCCAUAUUAAUUUUGUAACCUGUAGAAAUUCAUAACUCAGGCCCCCCCCCCCCCCCCGCGCGAGGUGGGAUUUUAUUGUUAACCCCCCCAUAACACAGAUUUGAAGCAAGUUUUUCUAGGAAUUAAUUACAUCAUUACCGCCACUCAAACAUCUUGAUAUGACCUGACUGUGUUUGGCACACUUGUGUCUUGCUAUAAAAUGACCGUGCUUGACACAUUUAAGUGUCAUGCUAUAACCUGACUGUAUUUAACACACUCAAAUGUCUUGAUAUGACAUGACUGUGUUUGACACACUUAAAUCACGAUAUAUUAGCUGACUAUGUCACACUUAAAUCUCUUGAUACGACCAGACAGUGUUUGACACACUUUAAUCUCUCACUGUAAUCUGACAGUGUUUGACACACUUUAAUCUCUCACUGUAAUCUGACUGUGUUUGACACACUUUAAUCUCUCACUGUAAUCUGACUGUGUUUGACCCACUUUAAUGUCUCACUGUAACCUGACUGUGUUUGACCCACUUUAAUGUCUUACUGUAACCUGACUGUGUUUGACACACUUUAAUGUCACACUGUAACCUGACUGCGGUCACACGGACCAGCUACUGGCCUGAUCAAUCACACCAUUGUUUGGACGGAACUGUUUUGGUGACACGUCAGAAAAUAUAUUGUUAUUUUCCACAUCUUUAAAAAGUUUAAUCUCUUGUUUGGUAUUGGUGAUUAAAACGAAACAAAAUAUUUAUUGACAUUUAACAAACACCAACACCAUAUUUUCAGGGUAUUUACGUUGUACAAAGAACUCAGCUCAAUUCAUUGCUCAUUAAGGGUAAGUGAUUGUUUCUGACUUUUAACGGAAGGUGCCUCUAUCUAGUUGAAUUUAGAAAUGAGAUUAUUUUUAACGUAAGGUGCCUCUAUCUAGUUGGAUUUAGAAAUGAUAUUAUUUUUAACGUAAGGUGCCUCUGUCUAGUUGGAUUUAGAAAUGAGAUUAUUUUUAACGGAAGGUGCCUCUGUCUAGUUGGAUUUAGAAAUGAGAUUAUUUUUUAACGGAAGGUGCCUCUAUCUAGUUGAAUUUAGAAAUGAGAUUAUUUUUAACGUAAGGUGCCUCUAUCUAGUUGGAUUUAGAAAUGAGAUUAUUUUUAACGUAAGGUGCCUCUAUCUAGUUGAAUUUAGAAAUGAUACUAUUUUUAACGGAAGGUGCCUCUAUCUAGUUGGAUUUAGAAAUGAGAUUAUUUUUAGCGUAAGGUGCCUCUAUCUAGUUGGAUUUAGAUACGUGUCUUUAAACGGACGAUACCUCUAUCCAUCUUACUUUAGACAUAUGCAUUUUAACUGAAGGUGCUUUUAUUUAGCUUACUUAAAACAUAAUACUUGUAAAUGAGGAUGUAUCGAUCUAGCUUACUUUAGACAUAAAACCUUUAACUGAAGGUGCCUAUUUCUAACUUUCUUUAGACAUACAGCUUUUAACUGAAGCAUCGAUAAAUAAAAUAGAAGAAUACUGCCCCACCGUAAAUAUAUUACGGUACAUCAUUAUUCCACAUUACAUUAAAUUGUAUUUGAACAACCGACAUGAACCAUUUUGUUCCCCCUCAGAGGCCGUCGAGUGCUACAACAUCCCCAUUCAUUUCGAGCACACGUUUGUUGGUCGCCAAGUGAAGCAUUCAGAAAAUGGCUCCGAUGAUGAAGUUUACAUCAUGAAGGAUAAAGAAGGGUGAGCACGAUGAGAGCUCAUUCGUGGUGCAUGCUUUACGUUCCUAUGUGACACGAAGAGCUUCAAACAUAGAGCUUCUGGACUUCCAUUCAUGUCAGUUGUUCCAUGGAACAUACGGGAACUGGACAAUUUAGUACAUAUCAUUAAUUAUGUUCAUCUUAGAACGAUUGGGUUAUUGAAAUGGCUUAAAACUCGGGCUGAACCAGGUUCGUUUUUAAACGUACUCUGAAACAUUAAGUUUCUUAUAUUUCUUUAAGAAACGACUCAAUCUUUCAUUACUUGGUCUAUGUGUGCAUAUUCGAGACAUCUGUCUAAUGUGUACCCAAGACCCAUUUUAUACCGAAUCUUCUGUGUACUAUUGCCUCUUCAGUAUGCCUACACACCCCACUGUUGGAAUUGCAGUCGUGGUGCCUUCACUUGACUACCUAACCGGUAGCUCUCUUGUUUCAGAAAGACGGUGACCGACAAGGCCGACCUUCUUAUCGGCGCCGACGGUGCUCACUCGGCUGUGAGACAUGACCUCUUCCUCAAAAAGAAACUCGACCUGUUCAAACAGCAGUAUCACGACCACUGGUAUAUUGAGGUGGUGCUCCCACCAGGGGAGGAUGGCAAGGUAGGCGGAGGCGUAUCGGGUACGUUUGGCUGGUCUACUAGGCUCAAAGUGUUUUUUGUUGUUGUUUUGUUACGAUAUAUAAUGAAAACCAAUAACUAUUUAGUACCAGAGAAUCUCAAAGAUGGCAGUGAACAUUCUAAAGUUGUUCUGGGUAAAUUGGUAUUUAAAAUGUUGAAUAAAAGACUUUGAACAUAAACAGAGACAACAUGUUUAAGGUGAGAAGUUCGGUUACGUAGACAUGUUAUUUGUUACUCACUACCCCUAGUAUGGUGUUAUCGACUUCAACAUUGGCUCAUUCAUUACGCCAGUAAUCUGUUGUAAUAUGACGUUGUGAAGACCAUUUCUUCAGCUUUAUUCAGUGGCCAAACACAAACCAAAAUCAGUAAAUUAUCAAUUAAUUUAAUUGAUAUCCCCUAAUUAUUAUGUUACAGUGUAAUUUGUAUAAAUUGCUAAUUUAACCACUGAUUUUUUUAUUUAAUAAAUUGUCAGCCAAUGAUAUCUGAUUUUAAUAUGUUGUCAGUCAUUCAUAUCUGUAGUUCAUAUGUUGUCAGCCAUUGAUAUCUGUAUUUCAUAUGUUGUCGGCAAUUGAUAUCUGUAUUUAAUAUGUUGUCAGCCAUUGAUAUCUGUAUAUCAUAUGUUGUCAGACAUUGAUGGAUCCCGACAUGCUGCACGUCUGGCCCAGGGGCGAGUACAUGUUGGUGACCUUCCCGAACUUGGACAAUUCAUACUCCGGCUCCCUGUUCUUGCCGCCACCUGUCUAUCAACACGUCAUGAGCAACGAGACGGAGCUUCUCACGUUUUUCAGAGUCCAGUUCCCGGAUGUCGUGAAGUUGGUGGGAGAGUAAGUGCUUACUUCCCUGUAUUUUUCAUUCUUUCAACAAUUCUCCUCUAACCAUCUAAAGUAAAUUGUAAAAAAAAAAAUGUUACAAUUUUUUAAAGAAAAAAGUCUUGAUUUUUUUCCCCCCAAAUGUCAAUGUCGUUUGUUUUGUUUUUUAUAUCGAGGCUUAAAUCAAAUAGAAAAUGAGCAUUUGCUGUAAUAAGUCU